GACUCCAUUAGAAAAAAACUCGUAUAAAAAAUGAAAUCUCAGAGAAGUAGCUUACGCCGAUGAGUUGUUGACUCGGUUCAAUUUGUUCUUGUUCACAAAGACUCAUAGCUUCGACCUCGCUCUCUCCGAUCAUCUUCUUCGUUUUUUCUCAUCGCUUUCCCUUGUCGAUUUUGCUUCAUAAUCGAUGGAAACUGAAGUACCGCUUAUUGCCGAGACCAUAGCCGAGACCAUUGCCCUCACUGAGAAGAAAGUCGCCAUGGCGUUAGAUGAUAUCAUCAAGUUGUCAAAGAGACAAACCAAUGUGAAUAAGGGCAAGAAGUCACGAAGAGAAAAGAAGAAAACCCGAAACCUUAAUGGUGCUGCGGUAAAUGAUACAUCUAAAGGGUGGAAUUAUAUGAAUUCACUUUCUGCUGUUAGACAGGGUGCUGUUGCAAAGAGAAGGUCCAACUUCCAAGUAAAUCGGUUUCCUUUGACAACAAACAUCGCUCGUAAAGCCGCUACUGCUACUCCACUCAAUGUCCGCGGUAGAGCUUUUCAUGGUGGAAGGAUGACUAGUGCGAAUCAGUCAAGGCGUAUUGCUCCACCAGUUCAAAAUAGAUCUGUACAGGCUAGAGUCAACGCAAAGAGGCAUGUGGUAGAUCAGAAAGUAGAAAACAGAGAAGGGAAGAGGAAGACACUGGACUCUCGCUUUGCAAUCAUGAAAGAGCAGAGAAAGAUGAUUAACAACAACUAUGGUGCUACAGUUCACCUUCCAAGAUUGCCACCAUGGGCUAGAGUCGGAAGAUUUCCUCACUGAGGAACAACGAAGCUUUAAUGGAUCGUUCCAGUUUAGAUUGUGGCUUUUGGGUUUAGAACUUUAGAUUCUAGUUAAGCACUAAGCAAUGUAAUUCUUUCGUGACUCUUUUUUUUUUUGAUCAAUCUUUCGUGACUCUAUUACUUGUUACUUGUUAGUAUCUUACAAUUGCAUCUAAGGAAAUAAUAAGAAGAAAAAUUCAUUCUUA